ACAGGAGUGGGUGGUUAGUUCCAUGAUGAAACGAGUGCUGGGGGUGGAGAGCAGAGGUGGCUGGGUGGAGCCCUGCUGGCCCUUAAGAACCAGCUGCCAGGAGGGCAGCAGAGAACCAGGCUCUCCCCCGCCGCCGCCAUGCACGGGGUCUGUGAGGAAGUGGCCCUGCUGGCCACGGUCACCCUCUGUGGAGUCCUGCUCCAAGCCUAUUUCUCCUGGCAGGUGAUCUUAGCGAGGAGGAGAUACAGGGUCUCGCCCCCCGCCACCACCGGCCCCCCCGAGUUUGAGAGAGUCUUCCGAGCUCAGGCCAACUGCACAGAGUACUUCCCCCUCUUCCUGGCCAUCCUCUGGGUCUCUGGAGUCUUCUUCCACCAAGGUACGGCAGCCGCCUGCGGCCUCCUGUACUUGGGGGCCCGGUACAGAUACUUCCACGGCUACGCUGUGUCGGCUCAUGGCAGACUGGGCCCCCUGUACUUCAGCGCCCGUGUGCUCUGGCUGCUGAUAGCUCUCUCUGCGCUUGGCCUGGUCUCCCACUUCCUUCCGGUCUCCCUGAAGACCCCCGUCCUGAGGAGGCUGCAGUGGCUGGUGACGACGAGAUAGGCGGGAGGGGGCGGUGGAGGAUGCCGGCUUGGGGGGCCUGUCAGGGUGCAGGGUCCCAAGGGAGGGGAGGGGGAUGCAGACUCCCCCCAAGGUUUGAAACAGAAUUAAACUUUUAUUACAAUUCA